CAUGGCGGCCUACUGAACACUUGCUGACGUCCAGCGGUUUCCUGGCGCUCGGCGCGCGCUUGCUUCCUCUGUGUACUGUGACACGGUCCCAUUUGGACCCCGGCGGACCCCGACUCGCAACUAUGUGGCGGCAGGUGGCGCGCGUCGGUACUCCUGUUCUGCUCCUGCGUCCCGCAGGUCCUGGGGCUGCCCAGCUCCUCAGUGCUGGCAUGAAGACCUUCCUCCCAGUACCUACCUAUGAAGAUGUUCCUAUCCCUGAGAAGCCCAAGCUCAAAUAUAUUGAUCGGAUGCCACUCGUGCCAAAAGUGAGGCGAGAACCUAAGAAUUUGACUGACAUCCGAGGGCCAUCCACUGUAGCCACUGACUUCACCGAGGGUAAUUUUGGUAUCCUGGCACUGGGUGGUGGUUACCUCCACUGGGGCCAUUUUGAAAUGAUGCGCCUGACAAUCAACCGUGCCUUGGACACCAAGACCAUGUUUGCCAUCUGGCGCGUCCCAGCCCCUUACAAACCUAUCACCCGGAAGAGUAUGGGCCAGCGCAUGGGGGGUGGCAAAGGUGCCAUUGAUCACUAUGUGACAGCAGUCAAGACUGGUCGCCUUAUUGUGGAGGUGGGUGGCUGCUGCGAGUUUGGUGAGGUGGAACACUUUCUCAAGCAGGUGGCACACAAGCUGCCCUUUCCAGCCAAGGCCGUGAGCCGAGAGUCUCUAAAGAAGAUGCGGGAGGAACAAAGGGCGAGGGAGAACAACAAUCAGAACCCUUGGACCUUUGAGCGUAUUGUCACUGCCAACAUGCUGGGGAUUAGGAAAGUGCUGAGCCCCUAUGACCUGACCCAGAAGGGGCGCUACUGGGGCAAGUUCUACAUGCCUGAACGUGUCUAGUGACUUCAAGAGAAGCUGCUUCACCUGUAUUCAUCUCCAGCUUCUCCUUAUGACCUUGUGAUCACCCCUAUAAGCAUGGGUGACCUCUGAAAAGCCUUGAGAUGGGAGCACUGUAGUGGGCCCCAUGGAAUGUUAGAGUUGGUCCUGCAGGAGAAGUCUUGCCCCCAUAAAGGGACUCUGGAAACACUUAAAUGACUCUUCUUUUGGGUCCUGGCCUCUGCUAGGGAGAUCUGAUAGGGCUCCCACUUCUGAUACCUUCAUGACCUCGGGCAAGACUCUAAACUGUUGAGUGCUCUUGGCAGCUAGAAACAAGUUGGCCUGCCUUGGUGAUGGAAGUUUCCUCACAACAAGGAAUCUCAGGGGUUCUUAGACUUUUUCUGUUCAUCUUAAACCUGUUUGGCAGUAAAGUGAACCUAUAAAAACGCUCAAAUUCA